UAAUUACCGAUCAACAAAAGCCCUACUUGUAAUUUACCUUGCCACCAUCGGCCUUCCAAUUUUUUUCCCCAACAAUCGGGUGUUCGAGCACAGUAUCAUACCGAUAACAUGGAUUCCUCUCGUAGACCCCCUCCCGAGCCAGUCGGUAGUUUGCUUCUAAAAGCAGCCUUUAAACCCCCCGUCGAUCACCGGCACUUUGCUCCAAUCUACCGGUGUUCGGCGCUCGGGGGUGGAAGCCAGCCUGCUCAAUUGCAACCGAGCAGGGCAACAAUCGGCAUGUUUUCCCCUCACGAUGCUCUUUCAACACUGCUCGCCCCAUAAAGCUGCGCGUGUUGGAAUACGGGUAUACUUGUACGAGUAUGGCACUGUGCGGUACCUGUACUGUACCCGAGUACAGCACUGUACAGUACCCCCACGGUCACCAGCAAAAAGCCUGCGAUGAAGCGGACUGCUUACCCCACGCUAUCGUACGGUAUCGCCAGCUGGCAGCCGACAAGAUGCGAUCCCGUACGAUAACACCCUGAACAGGCCAGACGGAAAAUGGCGAGCAACAAACCAUAAAUAGAAAAGUAGGCAUGAAAAUUUGAGCGAAAUGAACAGGUGGAAAAAAUGUGUAGGAGAGAUCCUGAGUGGAGAGGGGAGUGGCCUGUGUCCCCUUCCAUUGCUGUUCCUCGGAUGCUCCCGAGAGGAGCUCCAUGAUUUGUUGUAGUUUUAAUUCGCAGAAGUACUGUACGCGUGCGGUACUUUGCAUCAUCAGCUUCUCCUUCUCCCGCCCUAUUCCAGUCCACCCACCGAACCGACCAGCCGGAGAGCGGACGACAUAAAAAUCGCAACCAAGCGGGUAAGCUUUUCAUCCUCCAAUCAAAACCCGUACAAAAUAAACAAACCGGAGGUUUUUAUUCUUGGGCGAUAAAAAAAAAGGAAAGAAAAAAACCUCUCCUGCGAUCAGUUACGGUACAUUUUCCUACAUCCAGUCGCGCCCUGCCUACCUUUGAUACAAGUUCGAUACGAUCAGCGAUCAGCACCGACAUCGCCGACACGAGAACAUGCACAGAGCGUUACAGACGUGUUUGCGAAAAAGUAUGCCUAUCCGCUGGAUGACCAUCGAGCGGGCGGUAUGCGCUGCGGAAAUGUUUCCCCUACUUUACCUGCAGAGUUCAUGCGGAGAAUUGUACAGUACUGUACAUGUUUCCCGGGUUCCACUGAUUGAUUCAUCGUGGGAUGAAUGAAAGUCUGGGAUUCGGGAGCUAGAUUAGUGUGCAGUCCUAUGCACAGUGUACUUUGCUACACGGGUACCGUUGGAAUACGGUCCUCUCGCAGCUGUGGUGAUGUGUUUGUUUGCUCACUCGGUAGCCUAACUGCCGGAUGAUUGGGGGGAACGAGAUGGCAUGAACGAAACCAAUUAAAUUCACAGCUGGUUGGAGGGGAGUGGACUACCCGUAGGCUAUCACUUGCGCGAGCCACCCUACCAUCCGCACGUCAUUUAUCAUACAAGUGCUGGGAGGGCAAGGAAACAAAGAAAGAGGAGAGGAGGGGAUACGCCUCCGGUAAGCUAUACGAGAUAAAGAGCCCGGGGAAAUCACAUCAGCGAUUGUGUGAAGCAGCUCCACGAGUGUACUUUGAAAUAAAAACGUGGUACGGUGUUCGGACUGUGUGAUACUUCAUCAGUUGCUCGUCAGCAGGGUAGAGUGCCCACCAUUAAUCUCGCGCUGCCUAAGACUCAACACCCAAGUAUGAUAGUCAACUAAAAUAAAUGAAUUAAAGGGAUAAAAAAAUAAGAAAAAACAAGAAAUUGAUUCCCUAGGACUAUCAGAUUUCCCGAAUGACCCGGUCGUGCGCGCUCCUCCCUAUCAUUGCGUAGGGAGUGAGCACGAACCUCACCUUCCUGCCUCCUCCUCCUCCCCUCUUCCCAACAAAGAGAUGCGGCGAAACCAGCCAGUAACCAUCACACACUCUCACUCGAGAACCCUGUCAGCACGAGUGGGAAUUAUCCCACUCGGAACCAUCCCGUUUGCCGAUUCCCUCCUUUUUCUCCCCAACCACAAACUCAAUUAACACCCUCAGCCCGAUUCCCUCGUCUGAUCACUUUCUACCUACCUGUAACGUGUGAGCGCCCACAAAUGCCAGCCUCUCCUAGUCGUCGGAGAGUGGGUUUGUGGGGAAGUGCUUAUUAUGGCUGCUGCUCGUUGGCUUUGUGUCUCGUGAGCCAGUUGUUGCGCGCGUCGUGUCACCAGUCAUCAUCAUUGUGUAUGGUGGAUGGUGGAUGGAUGGCAACUGGCAACGAAAGAACUCCAUCCAUGCACGGUACUCUUACAAGUAGCGCAAAUGUAAGGCGCCUGAUGAUUUGAAGCUACAGACGAUCAUACAGUAGCUUAAGACGAUGGCCACUGAUAGCGGGAAACGUAUGUGCAGUGUUGUGUUUUACUGGCGGGUGCGUUUGCUUUCCUCCUCCGCCGCCUCCUCCUCUCUCCUACCCGGUACCAGCAGAGCGAAGAGAAAAAAAGAGGAGGCGUUGAUGAGAAGAGGACAGCGUGAGGGGAAAAAAAAUAUAUGAUAUAAACCCCCCCCAAUUCCUCUGCGAAUUGGACUUACUCUCGUUGUUUUGGCCGUACUUGCUGUUGUCGCUCUGGUAGUUUUUCUUGUCGUUGUUGAGCUUACUAACUAAGGUCGAGCCUUAAGUUACUUUUCUGCCUUGUUGAUCUCGGAUCUCUAUUUAUCUUUUAUUUAUUUAUUUAUUUGCUUUUUUUAUAUUUUUCGAAUUAAGGCUGUGCCUGGAGCACUUCCUUGAAAAACAAACCCUAAGCUACAAACUUUUGUAGUAUAGUGGCCUAACCUACCACCCACCGGCCUAUAAAUUGCGGCUGCCCUAUCUUUCUAUCUCGAUCUGUCGCCUCUCCAAUUAAGCAAGCUCUAUAAAGUCUGCUCUGUUCCGCCCAGUCAAUCGAAUCGUAUAGGACCACCUCUUCAUUUUUCUAUAUACGAAGCAAUCGACCUACUACGCAAUCACGCAACGAAGCUAUCCUACACAACUAGCAUACCAACCAAGCAAAAAUGUCUAUCGAGACUCAGCAACUCCACCGCGCUCUAAUCACAAAAGACCGUACGCUGCCAUGCGCCAGAUACCGUAGCAUGAAUGAAAUCCUCCCUACGCUAUUCCUGGGCGAGUUCGUUUCCCCCUCCCCUUCCUUCUUACCCUGGUUCCCCGCCGACCAUACUAACACUCUAGCAGCUGCAAGGCGAUCCUUGACCCGAUAACCCUCUUAUCCUCUGGCGUAACGCACGUCCUCUCGCUCAGGCAGUCGCCCGUGUACAUGCGCCACCAUGUGAACGUAAAACACAGCCAGAUAUUCAUUGACGACACGGAAGAUACCUGGUUGCUCGACUCACUGAAUACCGCCAUAAGUUAUAUCGAGCGCGCUAUGAGAAGCGGCGGAACCGUACUUGUGCACUGCCAGGAGGGGAGGAGUCGGAGUGCUAGCGUUGUCAUAGCUUUCCGUGAGUUUUUCCCUUAUUUUUUUCUUCUUCCCCAGUUCAUCCAAGAGUGGUUGAGAGUGGUGGUGGCUAAUACGGGUGGAUUUGCUAGUCAUGAAGCGUUUCCGUAUCUCCUUUGAAGAGGCCUGGGGUUACGUACGCUGCCGACGACCAGUUGCCGGCCCUAACCCGGGGUUUGUUGAGCAGUUGAAGAUCUGGGAGAGGAGGGGGUAUUGGUGAUUUCUGGAGUCUUUAUAUUUCCUUCUUUUCUGUAUUGUGGUUGGGUAAUGAUUGAGCGAGGACACUCCUGACGGAAACCUUUCCUUUUAAUUGUUUUACUUUUGUUUCCCCAUUCCAUAUGAUCAUCUACGUGGAGUUUCGGUGGAGUCUUUAUUUUUUUUUACCAACACUAUGCAUGAAGGAUGGCGCAUUCGUUACCACCGCGUGUUCCUUUGUCGGCCUCUCACAUUUAUCUUAUUUUUACCUCUCGCAUCUACUUGUAGUCUAAUUAACUUGGGGAGAGAGAAAUGAAUCAAUACAUCAUACAGUUCAAAAAUCCAUUCACGCAAAAAGUGCGAUAAAUUGACAUUACCAAGCAGGGACAUCUCCCCUGGGUUAUUCUUUCGCCUCAAGACCAGAGUGAGCCUCAAUGACGAUCGUUGUGUCGCGGUUCCGGUCCAUCGCUGCUAGCAGCGCGCAACCUUUCCGGAAGAGGAUAGUGGGGACGGGUGGAACAGACAUGCGACCAACCCCUCACCCCGCUUCAGCCUUGUGUAACGUGCUCGAUACCAGCAACUCUCCCUACCGUAACAACCCACCCUUCUCACCUCUUCCCCCCACACGGAUCACCUGAUUCAGGAAGAACUCAGCCAUCCACAUUGCACUUCCGUUCGCUUUACCUG